AUGUUGUCUUCAACCUCACCCACACUGUUCUCAUCCUUUUAUAAAAUCCCUAUUUCCUCUAACGAUUUUUCGCCUCUCCCUCUGUCCCUCUCCUAUCUUCUCCGUCAUCGUGCUCUCUCCUCUCUCGGGGACUUUACUCAGGCGUUCUCCUGUGGAUCAAGGUGGUUUUUUUUUUUGGGGAAAAAGAUGAAUCAUUGCAACCUUCAGCAGAACGCCUUGAUGUCUCGCGAGGAGAUGAUGGGAUUUGAUCGCAAGGAUCUCGUCGUUUGUCCUAAGCCUCGACGUGUUGGCUUACUCGCCAACAACGUCAUUCGCCCUCUCAGAUUACAUAUGAGUCAAGCUGCAGCUGAUUUGUGUGAUUCUAAAGCCGGUGCAGAGCUUUUGGACAUAAUUCGUAGAAAGGAGGAAAGUGGAACACUAGGGCAAAUACUAUCAUCAUCUGUAUCUUCAUCGCCACCUUAUUUUCCCGGUUCACCUCCAAGCAGAGCAAUGAACCCAUUAGCCCAAGAUGCUCGCUUUCAAGAUGAGAAACUCAACCCAGUCUCACCCAACUCUCCUUUCCUUCAGCCCAGUUCAUCCACCGGGUUUCCAUCUCCAUCCCCAUCAUCAUCAUCAUCAUCGUCAUCUCGUGGUUGCGUUAGAAUGAAGUUUGGGCUCAAACCGCCUGCAGUUAGAGUAGAAGGAUUCGAUUGCUUGAACCGUGACCGCCAAAACUCAAGCAUCCCUGCCAUGGCUUAGUAGACAACUAAAAGGAAAAAAAAAGUGUACAUAGAGAUUCCGGAAUCGUUCGUUCACCAAUGCCUAACAGAGGAGGAUUUGAAUUACUACUACCAUUUUUGAAGCUUAUGAAAUAUGUAAAAUCUCUUAGCGCUAUUCAUCUUUUCUUGUGAAAGAAAGAGAGAGGGAGAGGGAGAGGAUGAAGGAGGAAGAUGAAGAUCAGUUACCGUCGCCGGCCACCGUUUUGUUUAACUUGUUAUUCAGGUUAGUAUUUGUAUAUAAAUAUGCAGUAUUUUUAAAAAGAGUCGAAUCGAUGUAUUCGUUUGGUGUUUCUCUGGGUCGGGCGGAUCUUUAUUAUUGUUAUAUAUAAUCAAGGGGAAGAUUAGAAGAGUCUGUAAAAUUUUCUCUGGGAUAAAGAAGUUUGGUUCUAUCUUCUCUCUUUUGAAUUUCAUUGUAAUAUAGAUGAUCAUUUCUGAGAAUAUCACCAUUGUGUAUA